GACUUUAGUUUACUAUUUAUCUUAAAAGUUUAUUAUUGAAAUCGAACAAAGGAUUAAAACCAACAGAGCGUGGUAAUCAGUCGGAAGACUUAUAUUAUCUCUAAUAAGGCAACGGAAGUAGAGUUAAAAAAUUUAAGCGUUCAUUUCAAAAAUAUAUGUUCGAAUAAAUAAACAAGAGAUUGCUGUCUUUAACGUUGGUUUUUUUAAACGAAAAUUUAUUUUAAGAGAAACUAAAAUGGUCGACACUAUUGAAACGGAUGAAACAGAGUAUAAACAUGGAAACACAGAAGUGGAAGGAACAUUGUCAGCUUCAAGACGUUCAGUUCAUCUAUGGGAGUUUUUGUUGGAGCUGCUAAUGGAUGAUUCAUUUAUAUCUAUGAUUGAAUGGACAGAUGAAAUUAAUGGAGAGUUUAAACUAAAAAAUAGCGAAGCUGUUGCAAAGAAAUGGGGAGAGCGCAAACAGAAAGAAGGGAUGAACUAUGACAAAUUAAGCAGAGCGUUACGAUAUUAUUACAGUAAAGAUAUUAUUCAAAAGGUCAGCGGACGUAGAUUUGUGUAUAAAUUUAUUCCAUCGACUGAAAUGCAUACAGCAGUUGACUCAAUUAAGGCAUGUAUGGUUCGUCAAGGGCGAAGAAACGUACCUACUGGACCAUUUCCAAAUCAACAAGCUUUAGCUCAAAUAAGGUCUAGAACUAUUCGGAAUAAUCCUGAUAUGAAAGGUUAUAUUCAUUACCAGCCAUUAAGACAAGGUAGCGUAUCUCCACCACACAAACAGUCUCGCGAUUCUUUCAACUCAUCUUCGCCUUUGUCUCCACGCCGAGAAUCUAGCGAUGUUUUCAAUAGUAGAGAUACAAAUGAAGUUUUUGUUGAAGAUAAAAUAGAUAAUACUAACUCACAUAAAGAUUUAAUGUCUAGGAAUGUUUACAGCAGAAACGGUUUUCAUGAAGAGCAAAAUAAACAAUCUAGACCACGGUUUUAUUCCGACAUAGAACAUGCUUUACAUGACAAUAAAAGACGAAUUAUUCAAUAUAAUAGUAAUUAUGGUUCAUCUGUUGAUGAGCGACCAUAUAAUACCUUAAUUAAAGGAGCUUUUGACAGUAACAACGAAAUAACCAUGCGGUUACACAGUCGGUCGAGCGAAAGGGAUGUUUCACCUGAGCAUUAUGCUUUUCAUAGUCGCGAUCAACUUUUAAAAGAUUAUGAAGGGGUUCGUCGAAAUGUUUCAUUACCAUGUGAAACAAAGGUUAAAAACUCUUCAGAUGACCAAUGUGAUUCUUAUUCUAAUAAUAGAAAAAGACCUCAUAUUUCACACGAGUACGUUAUUCAAGCUAAUCAACAAACUCUAUACGAGAGACGAAAAAUUCCUUCCCUUGAUAUCGAUAUAGAAACAAAACCAAAACCUGUUAACACAACAAAUGAAUACAUUGACUUAAAUGCGCAUUCAAAGUUUUAUGCGUCAUCGCCUCUUAUAAAGCCUGCAAUUAUAAAAUUGAGCGAAGCCCUAGGCUCACUUAGUGACGCUAAACUUGAGUCAGAACAAAACAAAAAGUAUUAUUCCCCUGGAUUAACUAAAUGCGAAGGACGUUAUUUUACUUUUCCCGAAAAAGAUUGCCUAAGAUCAGAGCACAAGUCCUUACCUCAUUCAUGUUCACCACCACAUGUUUCACCGGAUCUAUCUACAUAUCAACCUCCGGCCGGCUAUGUACUUCGCAAAUACGUUCCUUUAGUUGACGUUUGGACUCAAACUACGCAGACAACCGAAGUCUGUACUUCUUCAGUUAUUACAUCUAGAAAAGAAUUACUAAAAGCCUCAAAUACAAAUUUCAGAAACGGAUUGUUAAGUAGUAGUGGUGAAGGGGAAAAAACAAUACAGAGCAAAUUAGAAAAUACCGAAAACGAUACAAGUGCGACGCAGAAAACAAAAGAUUUUUUUUCUAUAGAGUCGUUAAACGCAGAUAGUUCACCUGCCGUAAAUGGAGAAAAAACACACGAUGAUAUUGUUCAAAGUUGCAAUUGUGGAUGCAUGGACAUACAAAAUAAAGUUCAUUUUCAAAACGGAAGUUCUGUUGUAUAUAAACAUGAGAUAUAUUAAAUGUGUUAAAAGCA